UGCUGUGCAGGUAAGUUUCGAUUUAACUUUUCCGAAAAAUUCCGAGUGAUGUUCCAUGUACAUGUGACAACAUAAAAUAUAAAAAGUUGGAGAAUUAUUUCGAUGAGAAAUAACGACGAUGGACACCACGGAAAGAGAAGACGAUCCCGUUGUGAAAGAGAUACCAGUGUACCUUUCCAAGACUUUGGCGGAUAAAUUAUUUAUUAUUCAGUAUCCUGCAUAUGUCAAAGAUAAUUACCCCAAUGCAAUCUUUUCGAAGACUUUCGUUAAACCCGAAAAUCAGAAAAUUCGUAUGGAACUUACAAUGGAUACGUCGGAUAAACAUUCUUACGAUUAUUACAUGGGAAAACAGUUGGCUUUAAAAACAGAUGGAAAAUCUACAGAAAAUGAUGAAAUAGUGUUUGAUAAUGGACUGAUGGAUAAGGUUGUAUUGACUUCAGAACGGACGUUGUCGGACUGCUCCAAUUUCGCAGUCGGGAUUUUUCAGGAUGAUGAGCUACACAUCACACCAUUGAAAUCAAUGUUGCAUAUGAAGCUGCAGUGCGAUUAUCUCGACGAAAAUGAUAAGCAUGCCAGGGAUGGAACGAAGAACAUUGGAGAAGAUGACGACGAGGAGGAAGAUAACGCCACUCCGGUGAAAGUAACAUUCGCUAGGCAUCUGCCGGAUAAUCUGAAGAAGCUGCAGGAGCAAUCUUUCCAACAUCACAACAAAAAGAGCCAGGAGGAGCGUUGGAUGCAUACGAAUUACAUACCAGUUUACGAUAUACAAGCUGAAUCAACACGGAUGGAGAUGUUCUGCUCGUCGGCCGAUGAAUCAAUAAAUAAUCUGGAUUUGGGUCAGAUAAAUUAUCUGCGUCUGUUGGUACCCCAGUUAUCUGAGUGCUAUUUGCAAUCCACCUCCGAGGAUCAGACAGAUCUUCAUCACAUUUUGACUUUGCCUUUGCUAGACCAAAUCAGAAAAAUCAUGAAACAAGUGAGAAUCAUAUCCUUUGCAAAAUUAUGCGAAAUUCUAUCGCCAGAGCAGGAUACGAUAACAAUACUCAAGUAUUUGCAGCAAGUAGCUAUGCUGGUGCAGGGCAACUGGGUUGUGAAUAGUGAACUGAUAUAUCCCAAAGAUAGCCUUUCUCCUCAAAACAGUACUUCUGAAUUCAUGUGCAGAACACGUGAUUAUAUUUUGUUAUUAUUUACCGAACAUCAAUAUCUCAAUCGCAAAAUGAUCUCGUCCGUCAUCAAAUUGCCAUCAGAAGAAAUUAGUCAGAUUUUUGCGGAACUUGGAACGUAUGAAUCGAGGAAAGGCUGGCAACUGAAAGAGCCACUCAACUGGGAUUUCUGCAAGAGAUAUUCCGAGAUCGUCGAGCGACAACAAAUAUUUUGGGAUGCGAAGAGGAAAUAUCUGCGCGAAAUAAUGGAAGCGCAAAAUCAGCCACCGCAGCGUCAGCGCCGGAAGUCGAAUCGGGAAUCGCUAGGUUCGGAAAACGAAGAGAGAAACGUUGGCCGUGGUCGAAAAUCAGUCAAAGAAUCAUCUGUACCGGAUAACGACGGUGCAAUAACCGAAUCGGCUAAACACAAGAAAAGUCGCUCCAGGAAAAUAUCAGAAACCACGUGACCAAAACCGGCAUCGCGGUAGCUUAAAAUUUCUCUUUUUACUUAUCACUCUGAUCAUUGUCACGUCGUAUCUAUGAAUCACGUGACUGCUUCGCUAUAAAUCGUGAGUUUUCUUUGCAAUGUCACGUCGACUAUGUUGGAAGUUGAGUUUUCCGGAAAUAUAUUCGAGGCUUAUGUCCAAGAAUUAAUCCCUAAUUAAUGCAAUGUACAAAUAGUAUAUUAUGGUAUUAGUAUGUUAUGCUAUAUUUAUUAAUGCAAUUCUGAAUUUGUGCGCAUA